UUUCCUUACUACACUUCCGCAAAGUAUAGUCCACACAUCUGUUGUACCGUGUUCGGGGCUUGAGUAGGUAAUGCGACAUAACAGAAGGUGGUAAAAAAUGAGCGAAAUAAAAGACAGUUCUGCUAAAGCUGAGGAAAGCAGAACGGAAAAAGACUGGAAGGAGGCCAAAGCUGCUUUUGAUAACCUCAAGUCAACCAAACCGAGACCUCCCAAACCCCAGAAUGCCGUAACUAUCGCCGUCUCCUCUCGCACCCUCUUCAGCAUGGUGUGGGAGAGGAAGGUCUUUAAGGAAGAAGGUGUAGAGAAGUACGUGGCUCAUCAUAUGGACCAUGAAGAUGAGCCGCUCAAACCAGGAGCUGCUUUUCCAUUUGUGAAGGCGCUGAUGAACGUCAACUCUCGACUGAGGGAGCUCUACCCAGACAGCGAGGAGCUGUUUGACAUCGUCUUGAUGACUAACAACCAUGCCCAAGUUGGAGUGCGCCUCAUAAACAGCAUUAAUCACUAUGAUCUGGCCAUAGAGAGAUUCUGUAUGACAGGAGGGCAAAGUCCUAUAGGCUACCUGAAGGCCUACAUGACAAAUCUUUACCUCUCCACAGACUCAAAGAAAGUCAAGGAGGCCAUAGAGGAAGGAAUUGCUGCAGCCACAAUGUUUCUGCCAGAAAAAGAGAUUGCGUUGAGCGAUACUCAACUGAAAGUGGCAUUCGAUGGUGACGCCGUCCUCUUCUCAGAUGAGUCUGAGAUCAUUGUGAAGCAACACGGCCUGGACGCUUUGUUUGAGCAUGAGAAGCAGUUUGAGAACAAACCUCUCGCACAGGGUCCCUUAAAGUGUUUUCUGGAGGCUCUGGGGAAGCUCCAGAGAAAAUUCUACGCCAAGAACGAGCGUUUGAACUGUCCCAUCCGAACCUACCUGGUCACAGCCCGCAGUGCUGCCAGCUCAGGAGCUCGUGUCCUGAAGACACUCCGCAGCUGGGGCCUGGAGAUUGACGAGGCUCUGUUCCUGGCCGGGGCUCCCAAAGGGCCCCUGCUGUUGAAAAUUAGGCCACACAUCUUCUUUGAUGACCAGAUGUUCCACAUUGAGGGGGCCAAGGAAAUGGGGACCAUAUCCGCACAUGUCCCCUAUGGGAUUGGGCAGAAAUACAACAAAAGUAAACUCAUCGAGCAGCCUGAGCAGCCAGCGAAAAAGGAAUCACCUAAAAAAAUAUAAUAGCAUUUCCUGGAGGAUUUAGAUUGUUGAUUGGCAAGACAGUCAACAAGGUUUCUUACUGUUGGGAUUUUAUAAAGUGCUUUUUUUAAAUUUCCUUUAUUAAUAAGUGGGAAAGUGUUUGUUUAAAGCAAGAGCUACAGUAGGUGCUAUACACUUUUACUUUUAAUGCUGUAUUGAAAGAGAUGUACCAGAUUCAUUACCUGUUGUGCCUUUAAUGAUACAGUAUCUGCAUCCCUGUUUACCUUUCCUGUCUUUAGUACUGUUGGAAUUUUAUAUAAUUUUCUUUACACCUUCAUACCAUAAAAAUGUUUAUUUUAUCCUGGUUCUUGGAAAGGCUAUGCAGUGGCUUCAGAGUUCUUCACUUUUUGCACAUUGUUUGUUAAAGCAAUCUCCCCAACCAAGGCCCUUCUUGGUUAGAGAGAGGGGGAUACUUUAGAUAAGAAAUAGUUUUGUAAAUGUGAGCUUUUACACACAAACUAUAUACAAUGUCCACUUUAGGUUUUCCUCAGUCAUGUUCUGUGAGUUGUUUACGCUUUUAAACUGUAGGCACCUGUAGCCUACAUCAUGCACCGCACUGUAACUGUAUUAUUCCAAAAUGUUUUUGUUUUUAUGAGUGUUUGGUUGCAGAUUGCAUUUUGUGUGUUUCAUGCUGCAGACAUU